CACACAGACAACACCAGUCCCCCCGAAGGAACCCCAGUUGCACCAAGCAAAACACACACACCAAAUUCGAACACGACGCACCCUCGUGCAGGCAGCAACCACGAUAUCCUGAUCGAUCACAACGUAUAAAGCGUGUGUCCGCAUUCUGCCUCCCUACCUAACACACACACUCGUAUACUCUCUCAUAUACACACCACAUCCCAAACUUCCAAGCAUGUUUGCCUCUCGUGCUGCUGUUCGUCAUUUCGUGCGUCGGGAAACGUCCCGUUGCGGGAUCAUCCGUACGUUCGCCAACCUCGACCAAUUCAACGAUUUCGGCAAGCACGUCUUUACCGGAAAGAUUGCCGACCAAUACCUCGCCAAGCACGGCGGAAGCGGAGAUAUGCUCAAGGAUCCUACCUGGGUCAAGAAGCAUUCCGAUACCGUGGCAAUGGCUGUCUUUGAUUGGGCCAUCGAACACGGCGCCAACGUGUACUGCCAUUGGUUCCAGCCCAUGGCUUCCAGUGGAGUCCGUCACGGUCUUACAGGUCAAGUCCACAACAUGAUGUUCAAGUUUGACAAGAACAACGAGAUCGUGCAGGACUUCAAGGGAAAGACACUCACCAAGGGAGAGACGGACGGAUCUUCCUACCCCAACGGUGGAUUGCGCAGCACGCACGCGGCCGGAGGUUACAUUGCCGUCGACACCUCAUCGCCCAUUUUUCUGCGUGGGGACACCAUCUUCAUCCCGUCCGUCCUCGUUUCCUUCUACGGAGCAGCGCUCGACGAAAAGACACCCCUGCUCCGCGCCAACGCCGCCAUUGACAGGCACGGCAGUCGUCUUCUCAAGCAUCUGGGGUUGAACACGGACCACGGUAUCCAGACAAAUAUUGGUCUCGAACAGGAAAUCUUUUUUGUCUCCCGCGAUCAGUACUACCGCCGCCCCGAUCUUCAGCUCACCGGACGUACCUUGAUUGGAAAGUCUGCCCCUCGUGGACAAGAAAUGUCGGAUCAUUAUAUGGCCCCCCUCUCCAGUGCUACCGCCGCCCUGGCCUGUAUGCAAGAUAUCCAAGACGAGUGCUGGCGCAUCGGUAUCCCCCUCAAGACACGUCACCGUGAAGUCGCCCCCAACCAGUUCGAGUUUGCUCCUCUCUACGGAACCAACACCACGCAGAUUGACCAGAACAUUAUGGUCAUGCAGAUCAUUGAAGAAGUCGCCGCCAAGUACGGGCUGGCCGCACUCCUACAAGAAAAGCCCUUCGACGACGUCAAUGGCUCUGGCAAGCACAAUAACUGGUCCAUUGCCACUCGCGAUGGUGUCAACGUCCUCGAUCCCGACGAUCUAGCCAAGGCCUCCGGCAACGACUUUGCCUUUCCCAUUAUCAUGGCGGCCAUUAUUUCCGCCGUUGACGAGCACGGUGAUUUGAUGCGCAUGAGCAUCAGCUCGCCCGGUAACGAUUUCCGGCUCGGUGCCUGCGAAGCCCCGCCAGCGAUUGUAUCCACCUACCUCGGAAAGGACAUGUCGGACUACAUUGAAGCCUUUAUGAACGGCUCCGCUGGUAAAUACAAUCCCACCAAGAAACUUAUCGACCUCGGUACCUUUGAAGUCAUCCCCUUUGAAGUCCCUGCGGAAGAUCGCAACCGUACUUCUCCCUUCCCCUACGGUGGUGCACGCUUUGAGUUCCGUGCCGUCGGUUCUUCGCAGAACCCUUCCAUGGUCAACACGGUCCUCAACACGAUUGCGGCCGAAAAGUUUGCCGAAUUCGCCGACCGCAUCGAAGCCGGCGAAGAUGCCGUCGAAAUCGCCCGGUCCACCCUCAAGAAACACUGGAAGGUUGUCUUCAAUGGCGACAACUACGACGAAGAGAACCAAAAGAUGUUGACUGAACGCGGACUCUGGCGUAUUGAUUCCGGUGUCGAAGCAAUUGCUCGCUUGACUCAUGACAAGAAUAUUGCCUUGUUUGAAAAGAUGGGUGUCAUGACCAAGGACGAGUGUACAGCGCGUCAGGACAUUCUUCACGAACAUUACACUGGAACGGUAGUUAUGGAGGCACUCUGUAUGAUUGACUUGCUCAACCAGCACAUUGUCCCCGACGUCAAGGAAGCCGGAAUUGGUCCGCUUGCGGAAUUGGAAACGUUUGCGCCCAAGCUCAAGACCGCCUUGGCCGAAAUUGCCAAGGAAAAGGACUCGUACAAGAAGGCGCAGAUGGCCCGCGUUCUGCGUCUCGAAACCAUGAUUGAAAUCCGCGAAGUGUGUGACGAAGCCGAAGAAGUUGUGCCCGCCAAGAUUUGGUCCCUGGCGACCUACAAGGAGUUGCUCUUUUUGGAUUCUCACACGUCGCAGACCGCCAUGGAUCCGAUGGAGAAUGAUGAUUACUCAAUUUAAAAAAAGAGACAACCGUAUUCGAACAAGGAAUGACAGUGAAAUAAUUUUGGAAGGUUCUCCGUGACAACCGGUGUGUUGGUUCGAAGACUGCUUAUUUUUUCGCGAGAGCGCCAGUUACGUCCGAUUUUCGUAUAUUUUUGAAUUACAAGCAUUGUACUGCAACAAAGCAUUUGCUGCCUGACGUUUAGUUAAUUCGUUAGGAUUAGAAGGCAACGGGCGUUUGAGCUAUCCAAACACAGC